AUGACUUUCCCUGAGCUCGGCAAUGGCAGCUUGAGUGGGAACCGGACGGGACAAGGCAGCCAGAACGGUGCCAACCGGUCCUGGGGGCUGCAAGGUGAGGAGAACCCCGACGGCAACGACACCACGCUGACUUUCGCCUUGGAUGUGCAGGCGGUGGGUGUUGGGGUCUUUCUGGCUGUCUUCAUCCUCUCAGCCAUCGUGGGGAACAUCCUGGUCAUCCUCUCGGUGGCUUGCAACCGGCACCUGCAGACGGUCACCAACUACUUCAUCGUCAACCUGGCCAUCGCCGACCUGCUGCUCAGCACCACUGUGCUGCCCUUCUCGGCCACCUUGGAGGUGUUGGGCUUCUGGGUGUUUGGGCGUAUCUUCUGCAACAUCUGGGCAGCGGUGGAUGUGCUGUGCUGCUCUGCCUCCAUCAUGAGCCUGUGCAUCAUCUCUGUGGACAGGUACAUCGGUGUCAAGUACUCCCUCAAGUACCCCACGAUCAUGACAGAGAGGAAGGCGGGCGUCAUCCUCGUGGUUGUCUGGCUCUCCUCCAUGGUCAUCUCCAUUGGGCCACUGCUGGGGUGGAAGGAGCCACCACCACCAGAUGAGAGCAUCUGUAGCAUCACGGAGGAGCCGGGCUAUGCCCUGUUCUCCUCCCUCUUCUCCUUCUACCUGCCCCUCAUGGUCAUCCUGGUGAUGUACUUCAGGAUCUACGUGGUGGCCAGGCGGACCACCCGGAGCUUGGAGGCAGGGGUCAAGAAGGAGAGGAAUAAAUCCAUGGAGGUGGUACUGCGCAUCCACUGCCGCAGUGUGCUGGAGGAACCUCUCUCCAGCACCCGGAGCAAAGGGCACAACUUCAGGAGCUCCCUCUCUGUGCGGCUCCUCAAGUUCUCCCGUGAGAAAAAAGCAGCCAAGACUCUUGCCAUUGUUGUUGGUGUUUUCAUCCUCUGCUGGUUCCCUUUCUUCUUCAUCCUGCCUUUUGGUUCUUUCUUCCCAUCUCUGAAGCCCUCUGAAAUUGUCUUCAAGAUCAUCUUCUGGCUGGGAUACUUCAAUAGCUGUGUGAACCCAAUCAUCUACCCAUGCUCCAGCAAGGAGUUCAAGCGAGCGUUCAUCAGGCUGCUCAAGUGCCAAUGCCACCGGAGGAGACGUCCCAUCUGGCGUGUCUAUGACCACCACUGGAAAGGGGCCUCUGUCAACAGCUCAGUGCAAGACUCUGAGACAGAUCUGAGGCCCAGGAUUAACACCCUGAACAGCUCCUUCAUAUUUAACUCCUCCUUCCAGGAGAGAGACAGUAAGAGGCGAACACUCAGCUUCAAGGGCUGGAAAAUGCUCACUCCUUUCCAGAAACCAGCGUCCACCCAGCUGAAGGAGAAGAUGAACAGCCUUUCUAACAAAAUCCGGGGUGGCUCCAGCAAAGCGGGGGUGACAGCCACCUACAAAACAGAGGUGGAGUCUGUCUCUAUUGGGAUCCCUCAUGAUUUCACAGAAACCAUUGACUAUCAAACCCAUGACUUGACAGACUGCUGUGGGCUGCGAGAAACAGACAUUUGA